CAGUGACUCUAUAAACCCCAGCAACACCAACACGUGGCAACAUGAGUACUGUGAAGAUUGGCAUCAUUGGGGGCUCAGGUCUCAAUAAUCCAGAAUUAUUUGAAACUUCAAGUGAAAGUUAUGUCCAGACUCCCUUUGGUUCUCCUUCAGAUGUAUUAGUGGAAGGCAAAAUUAGUGGAGUUCCUUGUGUGUUGUUGGCCAGGCAUGGAAGGAAGCAUUCUAUAAUGCCCACAAACGUCAACUACCGAGCAAACUUAUGGGCCUUGAAGGAGAAAGGGUGUACACAUGUUGUUGUUUCCACAGCCUGUGGCUCAUUACAAGAGCACAUUAAGCCAGGGGAUUUUGUACUACUGGAUCAGUUUAUUGAUAGGACGACAAAGCGUGUGCAGACAUUCCACGAUGGAGAGGAAGGACAUCCACCUGGGAUUCUCCAUUUACCAAUGGAUAAACCUUUCUGUGCUGAUACUUGCAAUAUUCUUGAAGAAUCCUGUAAAGAAUUGGGUUACAAUGUGCACUCAAAAGGUACAGUUGUAACAGUGGAAGGCCCUAGGUUCAGCAGCAAAGCUGAGAGCCUAAUGUUCCGCUUGUGGGGAGGUGACGUUAUUAACAUGACAACUGUUCCUGAGGUUGUUCUUGCUCGAGAACUUGGCUUAUGUUAUGCAGCAAUUGCCAUGGCAACAGACUACGAUUGCUGGAAGGAAGGUGAAGAAUCUGUCUCUGUGGAGAAGGUCAUGUCAGUCUUCAAAGUGAAUGUUGAGAGGGUCACUCUGGUACUGAAGAAUGCAGUGGCCAAGAUUGCUGCUGAGGACUGGACGGACAAAAUUCAAUCUUUGGAGAACAGUGUGAAGAGUAACAUAAUGUUGGCCAAAUGAGUUUUUUCAAAGAAAAAGACAAAUUGUAAAAAGUUUUGUUAUUGUGCUAUUUUAGGCUGACUCAAAUUUUCUCAACUUUAGAUUUUUUCACAUUUUAAAUUAGGAAUUGAUAUACAGUACAUAUACCUGAAAAUAAACCUUAUAUGAUAGUUUUUAAAAUUGUGAUAAAAUUAACUUUGCCAUUUAACUUCAUCUUUCUUAAAUUUACAAAACCUAAUAUAGUCUUAACUUAAGGUAGGCCUAACAUCAUAGCAUAAUUUCUGUCUUGAAUGAAGCACUGUAAUGGUUUAUUUUGUAGCUACAAGAGCAGGUCUAUGAUUGUGGUGUCCAGUCAUUAAAUUUUUGUUCAUAUUUUUUUAAAUUCCAAUAAUUGAUAUUGUUUUUCGUUUUGGGCCGCCCUGCCUCGGUGGGAUACGGCCGGUUUGUUGAAAGAAGAAGAAGAAUUGAUAUUGGCAGUUUGGAGGGAUAUACAGUGGACCCCC